AAAGCCUUCAUGUCUAUAAAAAGCCAUGUUUGCUAUAAACUAUUUAAAAAGAAAAACUUUAAGGGAUUCAUUAAAAAGUGUCUAUACGAUCUCAUUCACGUAAAAAUGGCGGGAAAAGAAGCGGAGUGUGGAGGUUGUAGCGCGCAGGCUGUAGUGCGCACGGGGCGGCGUCGCACUCGCGACUAGCCGCGCUAUCGUUCACGCGGCGCGCGCGCAUCGGUACCGUUAGACAAAGAGAGCGAAACGCCGCCUUACGUGCGAGCAGUGCAGCGCUGCCCGCGCCCCGUCCGCGACCCAUCCGGAAGCCCCGCUGAAACUGGACCGUUUUCUUUUCUUGUUAUUAUUGAGAUCGACUCUCAAGUUCUGUUGUUGUCGCGCGCCGCGCCGCUCGCGCUGAUAACGCGAUGCCACGCCGACCUGCGCACGCGCACAUAGUAACGCUCCGCAGCUUUAAGCUCGCGCGGACACUUUAAAAAAAUAAUUCGCCCCCAGUGAUGGAAUGGAUAUUUUUUAUGGACAAGUGCUCAGUGGUUGACUGAUCGCGAAUAACUUUUUUUUAAUUGUGUGUUUUACUGUUUGAACGUAAUAAGUGUUAAUGAGAAAGUGAAACCGAUUCUCUGUGUAAUUAUAAUAUUCUGAACGAAAGGAUAUUUUCAAUUAAACUUUUAGACAAAAUAUAAUUUUGUGCGAUAUUGUAAAAGAAACUGAAACGUUAUUGACAAGGAUCAGCUGAAUAUUCGUUUUUUGUUUUGCUGUAACAGUGUACCAUUACCGCCGCCAAGCUGACUACCGCAAAUGAGAUUAUACCCAGUUACCACGUCGAAGCGCUAAUAGGUCGGUGGCGCACGAGCCCGAUGAGCGCGUGCGCGGCGGCCGCCAUGCGCGAAAAGCACGCGGCGCCGCGCCGCCUCGCGUCCCCGCCGACUUCCCCAUGCGAGCGCCACCCCAGCCCGCUGAGUAGCCCGCGAGCCGACGAGCCACUAGACUUGCGCGUAACGCACAAGCGCCCCCCUCGCCUCGAAGAUGAGAACUGUAACCUGAUCACGCCCUCUCCGCCGCCGCACCCCACUCACCCCACGCAUCCAGCUCACCCCGCGCACCCAGCGCUCCUGCAGUUUUGUCGACGACUACCACUAGCGUUACCUGCGUCUUUCGGCCGUUACCCGUUCCUCCCGGCGGCGGCUGCCACCCUACUGACUCCUGGCGCCCCACGAGCGCCGCCCGUACCUCCUAACCCUGGAGCGCCGAGGGCAAGAGACCGAUAUACAUGCUCCUACUGCGGCAAGGCAUUCCCCCGCAGCGCCAACCUGACUCGACACUUAAGAACCCAUACAGGCGAGCAACCCUAUCGCUGUAAAUAUUGUGAACGCUCCUUCUCUAUAUCGUCGAAUCUUCAGCGACAUGUGAGGAACAUUCACAAUAAAGAGAGGCCGUUCCGGUGUCGUCACUGCGACCGCUGCUUCGGGCAACAGACGAAUCUCGAUAGGCAUCUUAAGAAACAUGAAGCGGAGAACGGGGAGGACAGCCGUCGAAGGUCUCCGGACGAGACAUACUUCGAGGAGAUCCGGUCGUUCAUGGGGCGCGUGGCGCCGGGCAGGCGCGCCGCCGCCGCCACCGCCAGCGUCGCCGACCACACCUGAUAGUGAACCCGGACACAGUGGACCACUUCACAGUUACAACAAUCUGGUCGAUGCAUCCAAAUGACUCUUGUGUAUUUUAUAGAAUCCUUAUUGAGUGUGAAUAAUUUGAUCAAUUAAUUAAUGAGUAAGCGCCAACUAUUGUUCGCUAUCAGUUUUAAACGAUAUUAAUAUAGAAUUGCAAGGCAAUAAUGUUCAAAAGUUUCGAAAUCUUGCCAUAGAGCACCAGGUAAUUGUGAACCUAAGGAAACACUACAUACAAUGUAAUCAUAAUGAUCACGCAUCAUCAAUUAUGUAAAUACCCAUUAUUGUUACCGCGUUAGCACAUUGAAUUGGCGCAAACGAGUGAAAGUAAGUGUACUUGCCACCAAGUCGGCUAUUAGGAUAUGUAUUAUAAAUAAAGUGAUAUUGAAUCUCGUGUACUUAAUGUAAAUACUUAAGCUAUUGUAGUGUAUGUAGCUAGGACGCGUACCGAAUUUUCUCUACCGAUAGUUAUACGAAAAAUAUAUUUGUACGUAUGUAUUCCUCGUCGUAAUGACAUAAAUAGACAAAUAAUGUUAAGUGUUGAGAGAGUGUUCGCUAUCAUAGAUUACGCUAUAUCAAUAUAUUGUAUGGAUGUAAGUAGUUUCUUUGUACUUUUUUUUGUAAAUUUCGCUUAAUUCGAUGUAAAUUAGUAUUAUUAGUCUGAGAGGAAACGCCGGUUACCAAUAAAAAUAUAACUUGUUGCUUAUUGAAGAUAUUAAAUAUUUUUAUGAAAUGUUAGAAAAGUUUGUGUUAAAAAUUAUGUAAUCAGUCGAAAUUUAUAUUUUAUGUAUAAUGAAUGUUGCGUAAAUUAUUGUCGUUGAGGGUACGAACCUCGAGACACUGUCUCCGUGGUAAAGCAUGCCCUAAUUGUUAAGUUUCCAAAUAUUACGCAAAUUAAAUAUGUUUACAUAGUAUUGAGAUUUUUUAAAUUAGAACUUAAACAAAUAUUAGAGAUUAAUGCAGAGUUUUGUUAAGACAUUUAUGUAUUCCAAAAUUAAUUACUAAAUUUAUGUUUAUACAAAUCUGUGAUUUAAUUUAUUACUGGACAAUUGAAAAGAAAUAUUUGAACAGUUGAUAAAAUCUCUCAAAGAACUAAUCUAAACGUUCCUGUAAGUAUAGAUAGAUCUCUAUAAUUGUUGCGAGUGAAAAGUUGAUAUAUCUUUUAUGUAUGAUCACGCGUUCCAUAGAACACAUAUGGUUGUGUUUACCUACUACCAAAUGUCUUUCUAAAACUACGAGCAGCGAGGAUAUCUAGAAGAUUGGACAAAUGUUCUGCCCAACAUUUUGAAACCAUCAUUUUUAAUACUUUAUUUAAAUAUAUACUAUUAUUUAAAUAAGAAAGUUAAUUCAAAUAUCCGAUGUUCUAAUUUCGAAUUAAUUUGUCACUAUGCCACAGAAAAAAAAGGUUAAAAAAAAAUAUAAAACAUUCUAGGCUACCUCGCUGACUCUAUCACCAUUCAGCCUCAAUCUUUCCUAUAACACAUGUAAUAUAAGCUUUAGCUACAAACCCUACACGUUAUCAUAAUAGUCCAUGUACUAUGGACCUCUGAGCACUGUCUGAUUCCAAUUGUGGAAGCGAGACGGCGUACUAAACUCUACAUAAUUCCGUCUCGCUUCCACAAAAGGAAAGAUCGCAUUAAGAACUCUAUACAAACUCUUCCUAUUAAUAUUACCUUGUAUGAAUGACUUGUACUCGUACCAAAAUCGUGUUUGAAUCGCAUAAGAGAUGCUAUUUAACUUAUCACUAGAAUGUAUAAUGAAUAGAGAUUAUUACCUUAUCGUUUUGUACUUUUGAUACCUAUUAGUCGUUCAAAGGUCACCGAUUACCUUGUCAAAAUGAAUAAAUAACAAUAAAUCUUUUAUUCUCGAUUU